AGCAGGAAGCAAAAGUAAUGAAAGAUUACAGGCCUAUUUCCUGUUGUAAUGUCUUGUACAAGCUGAUAUCGAAGAUUUUGGCUAGGAGGUUGAAGUUAAUACUGCCGAAAUGUAUCUCUUGGAAUCAAUCAGCUUUUAUAAAGGAGCGGUUACUCAUGGAGAAUGUCUUGCUAGCUACAGAAUUAGUCAAAGAUUACCAUAAGGAAGCAGUCUCGCCUCGUUGCGCAAUGAAGAUAGACAUAUCAAAGGCGUUUGAUUCGGUGCAAUGGCCGUUCCUCAUCAACACUUUGAAGGCUAUGGGGUUGCCGGAGAAGUUCACUCACUGGAUAUCUCUUUGUAUCACAACAGCCUCUUUUUCUGUGCAAGUAAACGGCGAGCUAGCAGGAUAUUUUCAGAGCAAAAGGGGGUUACGUCAGGGUUGUUCGCUCUCUCCAUACCUCUUUGUAAUCUGUAUGAAUGUUCUGUCAAGAUUGAUUGAUGAAGCUGCAAGAGAAGGGAGGAUUGGUUUCCAUCCAAAGUGUAAAAAUAUAGAUUUGACACAUCUAUGUUUUGCAGAUGAUCUGAUGAUCUUUGCGGAUGGUACAAAAAACUCUAUUGUGGAAAUCCUGAGGGUUUUUGAUGCAUUUGACAGGAUGUCGGGGCUUAGAAUUAGCAUGGAGAAAUCUACAUUGUUCCUGGCAGGAGUAUCAACCCAAAAAAGAGAAGAAAUUAUCAGCCACUUCCCGUUUGAAUCAGGUAGUCUUCCGGUAAGGUAUCUAGGACUUCCUCUCCUAACCAAAAAUAUGACGGUAUUAGAUUACUUGCCUCUGAUUGAGAAGAUCAGGAAGCGAAUAGGGUCAUGGACUGGGCGGUUCCUUUCCUAUGCGGGGAGACUCCAACUGAUCAAGUCAGUGAUCAUGAGUUUGACUAAUUUUUGGAUGUCUGCAUUUAGGCUUCCUAGUGGUUGUAUAAAGGAGAUCGAAAGACUGUGCUCUGCAUUUCUGUGGUCGGGUCCGGAGCUAAACAACAGGAAAGCAAAAGUCUCGUGGACUGAAAUCUGUAGUACAAAGCGAGAGGGAGGAUUAGGUGUAAGAAGGUUGAAAGAAGCAAAUAUGGUCAGUUGUUUGAAGUUAAUUUGGAGAAUUCUUUCUUCAGAUUCGAUGUGGGUCAAUUGGGUUAAAAUCUACUUGAUUAGGAAAAGUUCGUUCUGGAUGGUGAAAGAUAAUACACAAGUAGGCUCCUGGAUGUGGAAAAAAAUAUUAAAAUGCAGGGAGAUUGCAAAGCGACUGUACAGGGUUGAAGUAAGGAAUGGGAAAAAGACUUCUUUCUGGUUCGAAAAUUAGUCUCCAAUGGGGUGCUUGAAGGACUUGCUAGGAGAUGGGAGUUGUAUUGAUUUGGGUAUCUUAAUCAACGCGACAGUAGAGGAGAGUUGGAAGCAUAGAAAAAGGUCUCAUCGAGUAGUAAUUCUGAACAGAGUGGAAGAAGAGAUUGAGAAAAGUCGAAGAAGUAGAGUUGAUGAAGAGGACAUUUCGCUAUGGUUGAAUGGGAAAGGUCAGAGGAAAAAGAUGUUUUCCACACAGGGAACUUGGGAGUUUAUUAGAGAAAAAAAGAUUUGCUGUGAAUGGGCGGAUGCAGUGUGGUUUAAGUACUCAACACCAAGAUACUCAUUCAUCUUAUGGAUGGUAAUGAAGGGUAGACUUGCAACAGGAGAUAAGAUGAGAAUCUGGAUGAGUAAUAUAAAUGUAGAAUGUGUGUUAUGCAAUGAGCCGCUGGAAACCCUUGAGCAUUUGUUUUUUGAAUGUAGUUACUCUGCGAAGAUAUGGGAGGUGCUCAUGAAGGAAAUCUUAAAGGAUCAGUAUACGGUGAGAUGGGUAGCUAUACUGAGAAUUUUGAGAGACCCGACAAGAUGCAAGAUGCAGUUAUUCAUUAUUAAGUAUCUGUUUCAAGCUACUGUCUACAUGAUAUGGAGAGAGCGCAAUAGAAGACGACAUGGAGAGGCGAUUACUCCAGCAGAGGUAUUGAUAAAACUGCUAGAUAAAAACAUGAGGAAUAAGCUCACACUAAUACAGAGGAAAGGGGAUGAUAAAUUUAGACAGGGGAUGCAGUUUUGGUUUUCCACAAGGUAGUGAAACUCAGUUGCUUGAAAUCAAAGGAGGGGGACUAGUAGGAGUGAGGGCUGGACCAGUAGGAGUGAGAGCUGGCUACCUAGUAGGAGUGAGGGCUAGGUAGACUUGGGAAGGUUGGUCAUACAGUAGGAGUGAGAGCUGGCUGCCUAGUAGGAGUGAGAGCUAGGUGGUUUUUGAGAAAGUUGAUAAGGGUAAAGGAGGCUGAUGAGUAAAAGGAGAACAAUGCUAUAUUUCAAUUUGAUAUUAGUCAAAUUUGUAUAGAAAAUCUUAGGAAAGGACACAUAUGUAACAAUGUUUUUUUCUUUUGAAUUAAAUUUAACAUUCAAUUCAAAAAAAAAAAAA